GAACUAUUUUUACUUUUAUAGUUACUGUAAAAUGAUGGUACAGUACAGCACAAUUGUAACUAAACUACUUGCACUUUUACAGUUACCUUAAAAUAGGUUCGGUGUGGUCAACAGCUGGCACAUGGGGAACUGCAGGACUGGAGCGGGGAAGGGGGGGCGUCAUCUGACGAGGAAGAAGAGCGACGACUCAGACAUCACUGGGUCGUUUCUUCUAGGGGGCAGACAGGACGGAAUCCAUCAGAACCCCUGUGUCUUCAGCUCAGGUGCGAAUGGAAUUCCAGCCUGCUCUCCAUCUCCUACCUGAGCUGAUGACCCCCGCCCCGUCAGUAACUAUGGCACCGCGAGGUCCACUGCAUCUGUGAGUUCAGGACUCGAGCGCUCACUAGCUAGGGACUUCCUGUACACGGUUUUCAUCAGUCCCAUGUGAAGGGCACAUUACUGUUUAUGAUUUUUAAUGAGGAAACUGAUGUUCAGAGAGGGGAAAGAGCUCGUCCAGGUGUACGUGGCCCGUCGUGCAGAACCUGUGGAGCCCAGGCCUUAACUGCUGCAGCACAAGGCCUCCCUCACCUCCCCCGACCCUCGCCCCAACCUGCCUUGACUAAUUUCGGAGUCUCAGGCGUGGCCUGAAACCCUUUGAGACUAAGCCUCAAUUAAGUUCCCCGCCUCAUUUUUCCAGGCUUCCCUGACUGUUCCGCCUUCCCGCCAUGCGCCUGAUCACGCACGCAGGCCGGGGCGAGUCCAGGAGUCCCUGGCGAGAGAGGCCUCUGGGCAUGAGAGCGGCUCUGUCUCCUGGGGUCCCCCGGUGGACCAGCGGAGGAAGUUCUAGCUAGACUCUCUGAGAGUGUGUGAGCCAGUCCCCAGGAGCUUGCGGGCACGAACUCACUCCACACACAUACACACACGCACACGUCUGGAUGCUCACACACCUGGGCUCAGCAGACACAGGUGCACACUUAUAUGCACACCCAGCCAAAGGCACACAUAUAUGGUCACGUACACACAGAUGCAAACACACUCUGGGGUCCUGGGUGACUGCUUUCAGGUUCACUGGAUUCAAAUGAGCCUUCCUCAAUCGGCGUCCCCCUUGCCUCUCAGGCUACAAGAAGGGCCCCCAGGGCCCUCCCCACUGCUCCUAAACCGGAGUCCCCUCCCUCCUCUCUCUGUCCCUCAGCCCAUCUGCGAGAACAUGGCAGAGCCUCCAAACUGUCCCCAGACACCUAACCUCAUCUGCGGCACCGACGGGCUCACGUACAACAAUGAAUGCCAACUCUGCUCGGCCCGCAUAAAAACCAAAAAAGACAUCCAGAUCAUAAAGGAUGGCACAUGCUGACCCCAAAGGAAUGCCUUGAGCUGUGAAGCUUUACGCUGAAGAACAGCAGUGGGUGGGAAGAUGUGAUGUCAAAUAAAAGAUCAGCCCAAUCAGCAAUGUGGACCACUGUCUUGGGAACUCAGGAGGUGGCUGCAGACCUCGCACUGCCUGCCCUGCUCUGAAUCUGAGGUGCGGCUCCUCUCCACCCCUCUGGUGCUCCUCAGCCCUGUCCUGUGUCCCCUCAGAGGUGUCGGUAUCUUCUGCCUAACGGAGAGGUCAGCCUCUCACACUUCUCAGCGCUCCUGCCUGCCCCGGCCUGCACUGAGGACAAGGGUCUGAAUGAGACAACGCCCUUCAGGUGUACGGCUCUGCCUCACCCACGCCCUCCACGGCUUUCUGCCAGGCUGUGCGGGCACUUGGAGUAUGCAGACAGCUGAACACAGCAACUUAACACGGGCACGGUACACAGGCUGUGUACACAGUACAAGUAAACUACUUAGCGUAGUAUUGAACUAGGUCUUUAAUAUUCAAAACCACAAGCAGCCCCAAGCCCUCUGAGUCCCCCGCCCCUUGCCACCCGGACUGUCACCUGGAAAGCCCUGCAUCUCUCAGUGUCCCAUGUCUAGGGACUCCUGGCACAGGACUUCCAAAACUACUCUGCUCUUUAAGUUGGCAUCUACUGGCUGGUUGACAUCAGACACAACUCCAGGCACACACAGCACACACGCACUCACACAACAGCCCACAGCAUCCAGAAUCCCAGGGAGACCCAAGUUUACAGGUACAUGCCAAAGCCCAUAGGAGGAGCCCUUAACAAUGGUGAAUGUGUAGAGGCCUGGCCAGAUGGGAGCAAUUUCACACAACUCGGAUUUCUGCCCGAGGGGCAGAACAAGUAGGAAAAGCUAUGUGAAAACACACAUCAAAGAGGAAAGCAGGGCAAGGAAGGAAGGAGCCAGCAUUCCCUGAACCACUAAAAUGGAAACACCAGAAGAACUGUUGCUGAUGGGUUCGCAGGUGACAGAAACUAGGUCCUCUAUAGUCCCUAUUACCACUGUUGAUGAACUUGCUUCCCACCUGCAUAUGAGUGAUGCAGGGUUAAGUUUGGCUAUGAGAGGCUAAAGAAAAUAGACCUGUGUAAGCUGGGCAUGGUGGCGCACACCUGUAAUCCCAGCACUUGGGAGACUGGGGCAGGAGGACCGGUGCGAGUUCGA